AUGCGCUUCAUACUCAUAGCCAUUCUCUUCUUUUUUAAAAUAGCAGCCUCGAACGUGCAAAAAAAUGUGCCUGCAGGCGCACAGCAUGUGACCCUGGCCGUGUCUAACAUAAAGAGACAAGACCAUGUUCUGAGCAUAGAGCUAGAACAGCUUGCUGCAUACUCAAAUAAGGGGGCAGAAGUCACCGAGAUGCAAAUAAGGAAGAAAGAGCCUGUAAUCAUCUCUCCCUAUUUUUUUCUUGAGACCAUAGUGCGCUUAAUAUACAACCAAGCCAGGCAGAACUCUGCCUCUUUUUUCUUUAGGAUGCGGAUUCUUAAUAAAAGGCCUGAGCAGCUUCAGAGAAUAGUGGAGGAAAAUACUAAAGACAUAUAUUUGUACAAAGAAGAGAUGAAGUACAUUUUGAACCAAAUUGCACGGGAAACAAUAAUCAUUACCCAGUUCCAUGGCAUCCUGGCACUUGACAUCAAGUCUCUUUCGCACAUAGACUUUUCGGGGGUGCUUAUUGUGUGCUGUGCAAAUGAGGAAGAAAUAAAGUCCGCGCUUCUAUUCCAAGCCAUGCUGCCUCUGGCAUUUGUCGUUGCCAUAGAACAAGAAAAGAUAGAAAAGUAUCUUAGCAGCUUGCACACUUCAGAUAGACACAAAAUGUUCUCUAUAGAGAUACAGGCUCCGAACACAAUGAAAAGGAAUAUCUCCAGACUAAUGAGCAUCUUCGUCCUUAUAGGGUUUUUGACAGUUAUGGUAAGCACGGUAUAUCUUCUUCUGACCCGAAGAGCACAGCCGACUGUGAUUCCUAAGACAGUUCGAACAAAAGACCUAAAAAAACUCCCUGUCUUUGUGUACUCAAAAAUACCUAAAGAAACACGAGACUCGGCCCAUGAUUGCAUUAUUUGCUUUGAGAAGUUCAUACCUGCCUCUCUCUGCCGCAUGCUCCCGUGCAACCACUUCUACCACACAUCCUGCAUUGAUGUUUGGCUGAUAAAGUAUUCUAAUAGGUGCCCAUACUGCCAAAAGGCCAUUGAGCAGGCAUAG